AUGGCGUCGAAUCGCCUGUCGGCCCACAUGGCCUCUGCUCCUGUGCGUGUGUUCGACACAGUGCAUACGUUCCGCGUGUGGCGGAAGUCGUGCCUGCAGCAUGGCCAGUCCGUCGGGUUUGUGCCAACGAUGGGUGCACUGCACGAGGGCCAUCUGCAGCUUGUUGACGCGAGUCUGCGUGAGAACGACUACACAGUGGUGUCUAUCUUUGUGAACCCUGCGCAAUUUGCGCCUCAUGAGGAUCUUGCGAGCUAUCCGCGGACGCUGCCGGCGGACCUGACGCUCCUCGGGGAGCGCCAGGAACGCGCACGCCUCGCUGACCGACUCGUCGUCCUUGUGCCUCAGGUGCUCGACAUGUAUCCCAAUGGCAUUACUCAGAGCGUGGAUGCGCAAGUUGGUGCCUUUGUUGAGGUCAAGGGCCUCUCGCAUCAGAUGGAGGGCGGCACACGCCCGACUUUCUUCCGCGGUGUCGCCACGAUCGUCACGAAGCUAUUCAAUGUGGUGCUCCCGGAUCGCGCAUACUUUGGACAGAAAGACAUCCAGCAAGCUAUCAUCCUGCGCCGCCUCGUCGACGACCUCCUCUUCGCGUACCCACAUGGCUCAAAGCAUGUCCGUAUACUGCCAACGGCGCGCGACCCGACCGACCAGCUGGCGCUGAGCAGCCGCAACAAGUAUCUGGACGAGCAUGGGCGCCGUAUUGCACCACUACUGUUCCAGGCGUUGUCGCAUGGUCAGGCGACGUGGGACGCGCUACUGCGCGAGAACGUGCCACAUGCUGAGCGCAUCGCCCGCACACUCGAAGCCGCGCGGUCAGUCGUCACGCAGCAGGGCACCGCUGACGGGACGGCCGCAGCGGAGCUGGACUAUAUCUCGCUUAACGACCCAGUGACGCUGGACGAGCUCACGCCCGAGUCCGACGCUGGCACCGAGGCCAUCCUGAGCGGCGCCAUGUGGGUGCGUAAUCACCGCGACGACGCACAGCCGGCCGCGCGCUUGAUCGACAAUGUGUUGCUGGGAUUUUCGCUCCUCUAG